AUGCACGCUCCCGCCUCGUCCGCUCAGCGGAAACCUUCUUGGCAGUCCCAGCGUAUAUCGCCCAUUCGCUCAGGCACGUCGGGCCAUGCUAUUUCCCUCCGCCAUUCAGCUUCAUCUGCCAGAGCCCAAGAAACCGCACCGCAAGAAUCGCAGCCACGCCGCGCGUCGACUACCGCAUCCGCGCAGUCGUCGCAGCCCAAAUGGUGGCGGGUGCGCUUUUUUCGGGGCAUGAUUAAAGAUGUGAAGCGAAGAGCGCCAUUCUACUGGAGUGAUUGGACCGAUGCGUGGGACUAUCGCAUUGUCCCUGCCACUGUAUAUAUGUACUUUGCCAAUAUCCUUCCGGCUCUGGCCUUCUCUCUGGACAUGUUUGAAAAGACGAACCAGAGCUAUGGUGUCAAUGAAGUCCUGCUUGCCUCCGUCCUUGGCGCUGUGGUGUUUUCACUCUUCGCGGCGCAGCCAUUGGUCAUUGUUGGUGUGACUGGUCCUAUCACUGUGUUCAAUUAUACUGUCUAUGAUAUCAUUACACCACGAGGCACGCCUUACCUUCCCUUCAUGUGCUGGAUUGGCAUUUGGUCAUUAAUUAUGCAUUGGCUGCUGGCAAUUGCAAAUGCCUGUAACGCUCUGACUUAUGUUACUCGCUUCUCAUGCGACAUCUUUGGGUUCUAUGUUGCUUUCAUCUAUCUCCAAAAAGGUAUCCAGGUCUUGACUCGCCAAUGGGGCACUGUCGGAGAGACUUCGGCGUAUCUAGCCAUCAUGGUGGCACUCCUUGUUCUGAUGAGUGGAUGGGUAUGCGGAGAGUUGGGUAACAGCAAUCUCUUCAAGCGGUUUAUCCGCAAGUUUCUCGAGGACUAUGGUACCCCUUUGACCAUUGUUUUCUUCACUGGCUUCGUCCACAUUGGCCACAUGCGGGAUGUUGAUGUUGCCACUCUUCCGACUAGCAAGGCGUUCUUUCCCACUCUCGAUCGGCCAUGGCUGGUACAUUUCUGGGAUAUCAAUGUUGGGGAUGUAUUCUUGGCCAUUCCCUUUGCGAUACUUCUGACAAUUCUUUUCUAUUUUGACCACAAUGUAUCCUCUCUCAUUGCCCAAGGCACCGAAUUUCCUCUUCGGAAACCCGCCGGAUUCCACUGGGAUCUAUGGCUAUUAGGUCUAACGACGUUUGUUGGCGGUCUUCUUGGAAUUCCAUUCCCUAACGGACUCAUCCCACAAGCUCCCUUCCAUACCGCUGCUCUAUGUGUCACCCGCCAGGUGGCUGAUGAGGACGAUACAAACAAAGGAAAGGCCAUCCGUAUUACAGACCAUGUUGUCGAGCAACGAGUGAGCAACUUUGCACAGGGACUUUUAACUCUCGGAACAAUGACAGGACCGCUCCUCAUUGUCCUCCACCUGAUUCCUCAGGGUGUCAUGGCUGGCCUGUUCUUCAUCAUGGGUGUUCAAGCCCUUCAGGGCAAUGGCAUUACCCAGAAGCUAAUAUUCCUUGCUCAAGACAAGAACUUUACACCGGCAUCGAACCCUCUGAAGAGGCUUGAGCGCCGGACGGCUAUUUGGGCAUUUGUCCUCCUUGAAUUGGUUGGUUUUGGCGCCACUUUUGCGAUUACACAAACGAUUGCUGCUAUUGGCUUCCCUGUCAUCAUUCUCCUUCUGGUUCCCGUGCGGUCCUUCUUGCUUCCACGAUGGUUUACCCGCGAGGAGUUGAGUGCGUUGGAUGCACCCACUGCCAGCCCUUUCACCAUGGAAAGUGUCGGCGGUACUCACGGCCUAGAAGGAGACUCGCCGGAUGCGACCACCAGUGGUGCCGAUAUUUCUUCAAGCGACGGCAAUGGCGUUCUGAGGGGGCGCCCUUCUUCUUCCUCGGACUCCGCCUUGGAAGACAAUGACCUGGAGAGAGGAGAGUCAUACGAACUUCGCUCGUCUGUUCGGAGACGCAGUACCACCAGCCGGGCGGAUUAA